ACCAGCAGAAGUGGCUCUGGAAGUGGACUGUUUCCUCCUCGUACCAUCGUUCGUCGUACGGAUUCAGCAAACGAGACAGACCAACGUCGGAAACGACUUCGUCGCAGAACCAUGAUUUACGGCCUUCUGUCAUGCGAAUGA